AUGAGAGCUGCUCUGGGGCGAAGAGAAAGGCAACUAUUUUACUUGCGACUUGUGUCCAUAGGCCUUAUAUUACAUCAAGAAAUUAAAGUGUCCGAGAGCAUUGUGAUGAAGCUGCUAUUUCUAUUUGACAAUACGGCAAUACAAGCGUUGGAUCUGAUUGAUCGUCACUGCAUUGCACAUAUUCAGUCACCUAGUGGUAGAGAACUCUAUCGGAUUCAGAGGAAUAACAACGAAUUUUUUAUUUGUUUGAAGAAUAGCAACUUUUGCACUUGUCCAGCAUUUAAUUUCCAAGUUUUAAGAAAACGCUAUAUUCUGUGCAAACACAUGCUUGCAGUUAUGUUAUGCAGAGCUAUGGGUCUGUGUAAAGAACUUCAAUAUUCCGAUGAAACAGUUACCUUGAUGUUGCUUGGAGACUCUUCUACGAGUACAUGAUGAUGUUAAACUGUGUAUCAUUGACUUAAAAAUCUUUUACAUAUUCGUGCAAUGUUCUUGUAGUUUUACCAUUUAUAUAACUGUAAUAAAAUUCAAAA